AGGGAAUAAUGACAGUAGGAGAAUCAGUAAUUUGGCAAGUUAUUAAGAAGAAUAAUGCUUUCUUAGUCAAAAGAGGAAGAAAGGGAGAACAAUUCACUAAAGACCCACUCUCAAUCACCAACAGGUUCAAUGCUUCCGACUCUGGCUUAUCAAACUACAACGCUAUCUCAAUUUCAGCAACCACUGAAGCUUCUAAAUCUAACAAAGCUAGCAGAAGAGUUUUCAACUUAAAUGUUAGACACGGAGGACAUCACUCUGCUAAGAAGACAUCCGGAGCUGUCUUCUCCAAGACCUCAGUCAAGAAGGAAGUGAACAGAUUAGUCAAGGUUGUAAACUCAUUGCAAGGAAUUACUGAAGACAAGAGACAGAAACUAUUGAACAGAGUUUAUAAACUUCAUGCUGGCACUAGGGCUUAUCCUCUCCCAGCCAAGGAGAAGAAGGACGAAUAAAUAUUAGUAAUGCCUAGUCUAAUCAUAAGAAUGACAA